AUGAAAAGGAUAAGAAAAUAUCUGAUCCUGAUCGUGGCCCCGUGCCUGAUAGUGAUCCUUCUCUGGACCAGCCAACAUCCUCCCCCUCCACCCUCCAACGAUGUUCAGCUCCUCACUCAAGACCAACUGAGUCCCAAUAUGCCACCCGCCGUCUCGAGACGUAGCCUCCACCUCUGGCCCCCAUGCCAUCGGAACCGGUCCAUGGUCAACAUCACUGGCUUCUCCGACCUCCCUGUGCGCCUCCAGAACUUCCUGUCUUACCGGCACUGUAAACACUUUCCCUUGAUGCUCGACCUUCCCCACAAAUGUGGAGUGACAGAUGGAUCGGACAUUUUCCUUCUGCUGGUCAUCAAGUCCCCGCCGGAGAACUACGAGCGGAGACAAGUGCUCCGUGAGACCUGGGCUGAGGAGCGGAAACACAACGGGGCCUGGAUCCGCAGGGUCUUCAUCUCGGGGACAUCGGGUGCUAACUUGCAGAAGCAGAGGAUGAACAAGCUCAUGGAGGUGGAGAACAGGAACUAUGGUGACAUUCUCCAAUGGGACUUUGAGGAGUCCUUCUUGAACUUGACCCUGAAGCAAGUCCUGUUCCUUGAGUGGCUGGAGGACCGCUGUCCCCGGGCCCACUUCCUGCUCAACGGUGACGACGACAUCUUUGCCCACACAGACAACAUGGUGGAAUACCUCCAGGGCGUCAACGGAAGCCGUGACAGUGACGAGCACCUCUUUGUGGGAAGCCUUAUGGAAGGCACUGGGCCUGUUCGAGAACCAAGCAAGUACUUUGUUCCCGUUCAGGUGCAGGAAUCGGACACCUACCCUGCGUACUGUAGCGGAGGAGGCUACCUGCUGUCCCGCCAUACGGCCAAGGUGCUAUUCGAGAUGUCCAAGUCGGUUGCUCUGCAUCCCAUCGACGAUGCGUACAUGGGGAUGUGCCUGGCCAGGGCAGGACUCAAACCCUCCUCCCAUGUGGGCGUGAAUCCCGGAGGACUUCGCCUCCCGACGAAGGUGGACCCUUAUGACCCGUGUUACUUCAAGGACGUUCUGAUGGUGCACCGCUUUCAGCCGCACCAGAUGUUCGUCUUGUGGGACCAAGUUCAUGAUCCUGGACUGAAGUGUUAAACUGUACAACUGAACUGAACUCUGCUGGGCCGUCAGAAAAGGAUGACAAUACAUGGGAUGACAAGAUUUGGGAAGGUGUGUGUCUAGGUAUGUGUGUGGGAGCUUGCAUGUAUGUUUAUGAAUGUCUUUCAUAUUGGUGUA